GACUUCUUCCCUUUCAACUUCACACAGGUCAACCGACCUACUCCUGCUUGCCCAUUAUGAAACGAACGCGCUGGCAGCGUUUGGGGCAGGCAGCUGGAUUCCAUGGAAUUUUUUCAUUCCAAAACUCUUGCGGCUCCGAAACUUUUUAGACGUCGUCGCCCUCUACGCUUUUCUACGCAAAAGGUAAAAAAAAAAAAAAACUCCACUUCCAUGUUCCUAGCAUGGAACAGCGAUGCGCUGCAUCUAGCUCAAUACUAUGAUGAUUUGAUCAAGUAUUCACACUGUCUGACUGGCUUCACUUUGGUGUAUGUCGGAUAUGAACACAAUUCAACACUUUCUGACGCUAUUGAGACCAGCCACUUGACGUUUGCCUCGAAUUAUUUCCGAUCACGUCGCUAAUCCGCGACACAGGUAUGACUGAUUCGAUGAGACUUUGUUUUUCUCCUACGACGCCCAAUGGAAUACAGGAUCUCACCAUGACCCUGAUGUUUUCACCCAUAGCUGGACAUAGUAACCCUGAUAGUAAUCAAAAUUGAUUCCAGUUUUUCGCCUUCGGUGUGAAUGUAUCCGUCCCAACCAAGUCCUACAGCCCAUGUGCAGCCCGUCCACGAUUGCUUCCCAGUCUUGACAC